CAGUAUGCGCCACAUUACCAAAGCGUUACCAACCAAAGACUCAGAAGGAAAAAGACGUGUGUCACUGAAAAGCUAAUCUUUGCUCCAGUAUUAUUGUUUGCGCUGGCUUUCCUUAAUAAUUCAAAAAAGAUGGUUGAAAAGAAAAUAGCAGUGCGUUCCCAAGAUGCGAAUCAGCGCCGGGUCCUGGACCGCGCCACCCGCCAGCGUCGCCUCACCCGGCAGCUCGACGCUCUAGAGAAGGACAACUUCCAGGACGAUCCGCACGCCAGUCUGCCGCAGCUUGCAAAGAGGCUACCGCAGUUCGACGAAAGCAACGAGUCGGGUAAAAAAAGGAAAAAAACGAGAGGGGACCACUUCAAGCAGAGAUUCCGGAAGAACUUCCAGGCCCUGCUGGAGGAAGAGAACCUGAGUGUGAGCGAGGGGCCUAACUACCUGACUGCGUGUGCCGAGCCCUCCAAGCUUCCGCAGCGUCACUUCUGCGCAGUGUGCGGCUUCCCCUCCAACUACACCUGCGUGUCCUGUGGAGCGCGCUACUGCUGCGUGCGCUGCCUGGGCACCCACCACGAGACCAGGUGCCUGAAAUGGACAGUGUGACAGAGGCACGUGUGUGCGCGCAUGCGCGCGUGUUUUCAGCGUAACUGCUUGGAAAUUAGUUUCCCUCUUCACCCCCAUCGCCCAGCUGAACUUGAUGUCUGACCCAGAGCAGAGUGCACUUGCACAAAGGGUCUUCAAAGAGCCAGGACAUUUAAAUGUGAAGCAUAGGGGGUUCUGGGAUUUGAAGUUUACAGUUCUUCGUACUGUGAGUUCGGACAUGGAUUGAGCUGGGUUUUGACCCAGGGAGUUCUGUACAGGAGAUCAUGGGUUCUAAUCCUUGUUUUAAUGGAUUGUUGCCUGUGUUGUGAAAAGCUGUAAUUUUUAAGGUAAUGACAUAUUUAUCUUGGUGUAUUUGUUUUUGCAUUGUUCCAUUGUUGAUGCACAAUAAACAUUAAUUAUGUAUUUCACAAUAA